AAGAUGUAUCAACUUAAAAUAAUUUAUAAUUAUUGUACAGUAUAUAACUUGUACUGUAAUAUUUUAUAAAGAUGUAGUAAUAUUAGGCGGAUCUAUAUUAUUUCCCUUUAAGUACGCCAAUCGCACAUCUGAAGAUGAAACUAUGAUAUGUCCGACGUGGCUUAAUUUCCGUCCUUUUAAGAGGAUCAGCAAGUCUUACCCAAUGAAAUUUCUUUGGAACACGUCAUUCAGCGAUAUGAGCGCUACUAUGCAGCAUACCUUCAAAUCACAUCCCCCCCCUAUCGUUGCUUGCAUAAGGAGGAAAGAAGAUGGCCGUGAAGAAGGAGAAAGAAAACAAUCUCGAAGAGCGUUGAAGGUGGUAGAAGAACACGGUGCCUCGAAGAAGAACGAGCCACGAAUCGUCGAAAUCUGAUCAAGCUGAAGUUACUUGCACCAGCAGCGUACGAUAAACGCUCGAAAAGAACGCGAAAACGAGUGUUGGAUAGUUACAUGUGUAUCCUUGCGACAAAAAGUUCAGUCUAUCGAGGAUCGUCCUUGGAAUCGCCCGUCCCUGAAGCCGGCUCGAGGAGCUGCUCGUGAUCUCAAAAACAAAAAUGGCGGACGUUGACUCGAGGGUGGAUCAUUCGGAUCCCGAAUUGCGGUUUCUUUCCGUUGACAGGAAUAAUUUCAAUGAUCCCGCAACACAGGCGGAAUGGACACAAAAGAAGCUCGUUUGGGUUCCGCACGAAACCCAGGGUUUCGUUGCAGCCGGGAUAAAGGGUGAACGGGGUGACGAGGUCGAGGUGGAGAUUGCCGAAACUGGUAAACGAGUUCUUGUUGCAAAAGAUGAUAUUCAAAAGAUGAAUCCACCGAAAUUCGAUAAAGUUGAAGAUAUGGCUGAAUUAACGUGCCUGAACGAAGCCUCCGUACUGCAUAACCUCAAAGACAGAUACUACUCCGGCCUGAUUUACACGUACUCGGGGCUGUUCUGCGUGGUGGUAAAUCCAUACAAGAGGCUGCCAAUUUACACGGAAAAGAUAAUGGAAAGGUAUAAGGGUAUUAAGAGACACGAGGUUCCACCCCAUGUUUUCGCCAUUACGGACACCGCAUAUCGUUCCAUGCUUCAAGACCGUGAGGACCAGUCGAUUUUGUGCACCGGUGAGUCGGGUGCCGGGAAAACCGAAAACACGAAGAAAGUAAUCCAAUAUCUGGCAUACGUUGCUGCCUCGAAGCCAAAAUCAAAUGCGACACCGAGUCCAGCAUUAAUCAUAGGUGAAUUGGAACAACAACUGUUGCAAGCAAAUCCGAUCCUGGAAGCAUUCGGGAAUGCCAAGACGGUGAAGAACGACAACUCCUCAAGAUUUGGUAAAUUCAUUCGAAUAAACUUCGACGCUUCCGGUUACAUCGCCGGCGCGAACAUAGAAACUUAUCUAUUGGAGAAAUCAAGAGCGAUUCGACAAGCGAAGGAUGAAAGGACUUUCCACAUAUUUUAUCAGCUCCUCGCUGGUGCUUCUCCGGAGCAAAAGAAGGAAUUUAUUUUGGAAGAUCCGAAGCACUACCCGUUCCUGUCGAACGGCGCGCUUCCAGUUCCCGGAGUGGACGAUUCAGCCGAGUUCUUCUCAACCGUCAAAUCCAUGCACAUCAUGGGUAUGACGAACGAGGACUUUUCGUCGAUAUUCCGUAUCGUGUCCGCGGUGAUGUUGUUCGGUUCGAUGCAGUUCCGUCAAGAAAGGAACUCGGACCAAGCUACCUUGCCGGACAACACCGUAGCCCAAAAGAUCUCGCAUUUACUGGGUCUGAGCGUCACGGAAAUGACGAAGGCCUUCUUAAAACCGAGGAUCAAAGUAGGCAGAGACUUCGUUACGAAAGCACAGACGAAAGAGCAGGUGGAAUUCGCGGUGGAAGCAAUCUCGAAGGCCUGUUACGAGAGAAUGUUCAGAUGGUUGGUGAACAGAAUCAAUAGAUCAUUGGAUCGUACGAAGAGACAGGGAGCCAGUUUCAUCGGUAUCCUGGAUAUGGCUGGUUUCGAAAUAUUCGAACUGAACAGCUUCGAACAGCUCUGCAUUAAUUACACAAACGAGAAAUUGCAACAGCUGUUCAAUCACACCAUGUUCAUUUUGGAGCAAGAAGAAUAUCAGAGAGAGGGAAUCGAGUGGAAGUUCAUCGACUUUGGAUUAGAUUUACAGCCAACGAUUGAUUUAAUAGAUAAACCAAUGGGUAUCAUGGCGUUGCUCGACGAAGAAUGUUGGUUCCCCAAGGCUACAGAUAAAACGUUCGUCGAGAAAUUAGUAGGUGCUCACAGCGUGCAUCCGAAGUUCAUGAAAACAGACUUCAGAGGCGUGGCAGACUUCGCUAUAAUACACUAUGCCGGGAAAGUUGAUUACUCAGCCGCUAAAUGGCUAAUGAAGAACAUGGAUCCCUUGAACGAGAAUGUCGUUAGCCUCCUUCAAAGUUCCCAGGAUCCAUUCGUCUGCCACAUCUGGAAGGAUGCAGAAAUCGUUGGCAUGGCUCAGCAAGCGUUAACCGAUACACAGUUUGGUGCAAGAACGAGAAAAGGAAUGUUCAGGACUGUGUCUCAAUUGUACAAAGAACAACUGGCGAAAUUAAUGGUCACUCUGAGGAACACAAAUCCCAAUUUUGUUCGAUGUAUCAUACCGAAUCAUGAAAAGAGAGCCGGAAAGAUCGACGCUCCAUUGGUGUUGGAUCAGUUAAGGUGUAACGGUGUUUUGGAAGGGAUUAGAAUCUGUCGGCAGGGAUUCCCGAAUAGAAUACCGUUCCAAGAAUUCAGACAGAGAUACGAGCUUCUUACUCCAAAUGCUAUUCCAAAGGGAUUCAUGGAUGGAAAGAAGGCCUGUGAGAAAAUGAUUCAAGCCCUUGAACUGGACCCGAAUCUCUAUCGCGUCGGUCAGUCGAAGAUUUUCUUCCGUGCUGGAGUUUUGGCUCACCUUGAAGAAGAACGCGAUUAUAAGAUCACGGAUAUUAUUGUGAAUUUCCAAGCAUUCUGUCGCGGUUUCCUUGCUCGCAAGAACUAUCAGAAACGCUUGCAGCAAUUAAAUGCCAUCAGAAUUAUCCAGAGAAACUGUGCGGCUUAUCUGAAGCUCCGAAACUGGCAGUGGUGGCGUUUGUACACCAAAGUGAAACCACUGCUGGAAGUAACUAAACAAGAAGAAAAGUUGACUCAGAAGGAGGACGAACUGAAACAAGUACGUGACAAGCUGGAAAUGCAGUUGCAUUCUUCUCAGGAAUAUGAACGAAAAUAUCAGCAAGCCAUCGAAGAGAAGACUAUGUUGGCGGAGCAGCUGCAGGCUGAAGUCGAAUUAUGCGCGGAAGCUGAAGAAAUGCGAGCAAGAUUGGCGGCUAGGAAGCAAGAACUGGAAGAGAUUCUCCACGAUUUGGAGGCAAGAAUCGAGGAGGAGGAAGAACGAAGCGCCGCGUUGACUCAGGAGAAAAAGAAAUUGCAAUUGAAUAUAAGCGAUCUUGAAGAACAACUAGAGGAGGAGGAAGCUGCUAGACAAAAAUUACAAUUAGAAAAAGUACAAUGCGAUGCGAAGAUUAAAAAGCUUGAGGAAGAUCUCGCGCUUUCUGAUGAUACGAAUCAAAAGUUAUUAAAGGAGAAGAAGAUCCUCGAGGAAAGGGCGAACGAUUUGUCGCAAACUCUUGCCGAAGAAGAAGAAAAAGCAAAACAUUUAUCAAAACUGAAAGCUAAGCACGAGGCAACGAUUGCGGAUCUUGAAGAAAGGUUGUUGAAAGAUCAUCAACAGAGGCAAGAAGUAGAUAGAUCAAAAAGAAAAAUAGAAACUGAAGUAUCAGAUUUGAAAGAACAGCUGGCUGAAAGAAAGACACAGGUGGAAGAGCUUCAGCUACAAUUAGGUAAACGCGAGGAGGAAUUGAAUCAAGUAAUGGCGAAGAUGGACGAGGAAGGAGCGGCAAAGGCUCAAGCUCAGAAAGCCCUCCGCGAGUUGGAAUCUCAACUGGCCGAACUGCAAGAGGAUUUGGAAGCUGAGAAAGCCGCGAGGGGAAAAGCAGAGAAAUUAAAACGCGACCUAAACGAGGAAUUGGAAGCAUUGAAGAACGAGUUGUUAGAUUCUUUAGACACAACUGCUGCCCAACAGGAAUUGAGAAGUAAACGGGAACAGGAAUUGGCUACGUUGAAGAAGAACUUGGAAGAGGAAACGUCGAUGCACGAAGCGACCUUAGCCGAUAUGCGUCACAAGCAUACUCAAGAACUGACCGCGUUGAACGAACAGAUGGACGCGUUGAAGAAAACGAAAGCUGUUUUGGAAAAGGCAAAAUCAGGUUUGGAGGCUGAAAACGCUGAUCUAGCGACGGAACUCAGAUCUAUCAGCGCUAGCAGACAAGAAUCAGACAGAAGAAGGAAACAGGCUGAACAGCAACUUGCCGAAGUGAAUGCGAAACUUGCAGAAGUCGAAAGAAAUAGACAGGAAUUAGUAGAAAGAGUCACGAAAUUACAACAGGAAGCCGAAAGUGUGAUGCAGCAAUUGGAGACUGCAGAGUUGAAGGCUUCUGCGGCUAUAAAGGCUUCAGCUACCUGCGAAUCUCAAUUCACAGAACUGCAGCAGCAACUUGAAGAAGAAACCAGGCAGAAGUUGGCUUUGAGUUCGAAAUUGAGAGCGUUGGAAAGUGAGAAGGAAAGUCUUCACGAUCAGUUGGAAGAGGAAGAAGAAGCAAAGAGAGCACUAGAUAAACAGGUUCUCGGCUUGAAUGUACAAUUGGCUGAAGCUAAGAAGAGAGCCGAAGAAGAAGCUGAAGCUGCUGCAGCGUUGGAAGAAGCUAGAAAACGAUGCAUGAAAGACAUUGAAGCGCUUCAAAGACAAGUUGAAGAAUUACAAGCUGUCAAUGAUAAAUUAGAUAAAUCGAAGAAAAAGGUUCAAGCGGAAUUGGAAGAUAGCAUUAUCGAGCUUGAAGCGCAAAGAGCAAAGGUGCUGGAAUUGGAGAAGAAACAAAAGAAUUUCGACAAGGUGCUGGCCGAAGAAAAAGCCGUCUCGGAGCAAUAUGCAGAGCAGCGCGAUGCCGCGGAACGCGAGGCUCGGGAGAAAGAAACUCGCGUCUUAUCUUUGACUCGUGAACUUGACGAGAUGAACGAGAAAGUCGAAGAACUGGAACGAAUUCGCCGUGGUCUUCAAUCGGAGCUGGAUGAACUGGUGAACAACCAAGGGACAGCAGAUAAAAAUGUGCACGAACUUGAGAAAGCGAAACGAGCUCUCGAAUCUCAAUUGGCGGAGCAACGUUCUCAAGUAGAAGAACUCGAGGAUGAAUUACAAUUUACGGAAGAUGCUAAAUUGCGAUUGGAAGUAAACAUGCAAGCUCUAAGAACUCAGUUCGAACGGGACUUGCAAGCUAAGGAAGAACAAGCUGAGGAGAAGCGAAGAGGAUUGGUGAAACAGUUACGCGAUCUCGAGGCGGAAUUAGAAGAUGAAAGGAAGCAAAGGGCUGCUGCUAUCGCGCAACGCAAAAAGAUGGAGGCAGAUUACAAAGAUAUCGAACAGCAAUUGGAAAUGCACAAUAAGGUUAAAGAAGAUGCAUUGAAGCAAUUGAAGAAACUUCAGGCGCAGAUAAAGGAUUGUACCAGAGAAACUGAGGAAGCCAGAUCAGCGAGGGAUGAACUGGCAGCGAUUGCUAAAGAAACUGAAAGAAAGGUGAAGAGUUUGGAGGCAGAUCUGAUGCAAUUAACCGAAGAUUAUGCGAGUAGCGAACGAGCAAGAAGAGCCGCGGAGAACGAAAGGGACGAGUUACAAGAGGAACUGAACAACAACGCGAACAAAGGGACGCUAAUGCUUGACGAGAAACGUAGAUUGGAAGCUAGAAUUGCGACGUUAGAAGAGGAACUUGAAGAAGAACAAUCGAACGCUGAGUUAUUAAUGGAUAGAGCUAGAAAAGCCCAGAUCGCUAUUGAGCAAUUGACCAAUGAUUUAACAACGGAAAGAUCGACUACACAGAAAUUAGAAUCGCACAAAAUGCUAUUGGAACGGCAGAACAAGGAAUUGAAAGCGAAACUUACCGAAUUGGAAACAGCUCAGAGAGCGAAGACCAAAGCUACGAUCCAACAAUUGGAAUCGAAGAUCAACAAUCUUGACGAGCAAUUGGAAACCGAAGCAAAGGAAAGAUUUGCACAGCAAAAGAUUAAUAGAAAAUUGGAGAAGAAAUUGAAGGAAUUGAGCUUACAGUUAGAAGACGAGAGGCGAAACUCAGAUCAAUUUAAGGAACAAGCGGAGAAAGUGAAUGCUAGAAUGAAAGCUUUGAAGAGACAACUUGACGAAGCUGAGGAAGAAAUUAGUAGGCAUAAAGCGAUGAGGAGGAAAUCACAGAGAGAAAUGGAUGAUAUGCUGGAAUCUCAAGAAGAGCUAACAAGGGAGGUAGCAAAUCUUAAGAAUAAAUUGAGACGAGGAGGUGGACCUCCAAUAAACCUUAGUUCGACGCGUUUGAAACGCGGCUCGGUUCAGACCGGUGGCUCCGGCGACGAUUCGACGACGCAGGACGAAAGCAUCGAUGGUGAGGAAACUGUCAACUGAACGAAAAAACACACACCGCUUAUUGAACCCUCACAACGCAGGAAACUCAUAAAAAUCCCAGGUCCAAGAGGUGCGUGCAAGAUCCACUUCCGUUCGGACGAAAACCGAGUUCCAAGCGCAGAACUCGUUUCCCCAAGUUCUGGAGUCGAUUCCUAUGCACCCAACGAUGCCAUUAGAUGAGGGCGGCUUUCUUCUGUACAUAAGAGACCCGGCAGGGCCGUACCGAGUAGUAUUUUAUUUCCGUUUUUGCGGAACAAGCGCAGAAAAUGACGAAUUCCUUCAUUUUUAUAAGAAAAACCGAUGCAAGUAAACCUUCUCCACCUGUUACCAAUGAAUUCGUUAAUGAUUCUUGUUGUUAAUAAUUUCAAGCGAUGAUGUCAUGAUUAAAUUUCUUUCUAAUAAAUUCAGCGCACGUAUCUCACGUGUAUACGUUAAUGCCAUACCGUAUUAACGGCGCUGAAAUGCCAUACUUUAUUUAAGCUUUACAUUAGUAAUUUUCACAGCUAUCCAAUUUUUGUGCAAAGACUUCGUCAUUUUUUGUGAAAAAUGCUACUAUUCGUCGGGUAAGAUUGAGACUAGAAAUAUAUUAUUGGGGCUGCAUAAUCGAUAACGAAUUAACAUCGCAUUUAGGCAGCAUUAAUAUCUAUUAUAAUUAUAUUAUAGUUAUUAUUAUUAUUAAUUAUUAUUAUCGCAGUUUUUAUUUUUAUCGCGAAGAGCAUCGUAAUAUGUUAUUUGUAAUUAUUUUUUAAUAAUCGAGCCAGUGAUGGACGAUUUAGGUAUCGUUCCGAGAGGUCAAAAAAUCAAAAAUAUUCUAAAAUAAAAAAGAACAACCGAUUACACUUUAUAUUGUAUUAAUCAAGGUGUUCGAAGAAAAUGAUUUUUAAAAAAGUACCAGCUGCAUUUAAAUAAGUAAUCGAUCCUUCUUUUGAAGUAAUUAAAAUAUUGUAUCGUAAAACAAUUCUAAAAAUACUUAAUAGGAUAUAAACAGUAUCUUGCUUGAAAGGGUAAUUUUAAUUUGGACACCGUGUUUUGAAGAAAUAAGUAUUAUUAUUUUUAAGAAAAGUUUUACAUUAAGAAGACUACUUUCAGUUUGAGUUCAUUAAUUUCGUUCUUCUUGAUUUUACUUCAAGUAGUAAUUCUUUUUUUUUUCCAAUUAAAUUAAUUUCGCCUUUCGGAACGAACCAGAAAUCGACGAUCGAGAUUUAUAAAUUGGUACUUAGGGCCGAUCAUAGAUCGAAAACGUUUUCACUUUGUACGAUUCCAUUUUGAAUGCAUCGAAUAAUCGAUGAUAACUGUUGUCAAUAUUUUUCAGCGUGUGCACGUGUCUACAACUACCUAUACUAAAAAGUAUAAUCAAUUUUUAUGAAACACCGCGUUGUUAACGUUUUUUACAUUUUUCAGAAAGCAGUUACAAUUCCAUCGAUUGGAUUUCACUUGGAAUAAUGGUGUAUCGACAAUUCUUGAUGCGUUUGAAAUUGAAUGUUCAAAAACUGCUGAAUGAAUAUGAGAAGAAAAGAAACACAUUAAUGUUUUUAUACAUGCAUUUUUUUUACAUGUGCAUUUUCCGUGCAUUAAAAGAGAACGCAUUUUUAACCUCUUUUUGCCAAGAUUUAUAGGUGAAACAAGCGAAGAAAAUAAGGAAAUAAGUUUAUACAUGGAGAAAGAAUUAUUUUUCUUCAAAAAAAGAAAUAAAUAACGAAAAGAAAAGUAUUGAUCAUUAUAACAAUUGAAAUUAAAUACAAAAUAAGUGGUUAAAUCCAAUUUCGUGGUUGUUAACUGAAAAUUUUAAUCAUUGUAUAAUCAAGUGAGUGUUGUAGAAGUUGGUUCCAUAUUUGGAACAAAAGACAAAAAGAGGUUAACGGGCGGUUAAUUAUUAAGUGUACGUAUAUAUGUACACAUAUACAGAGUACUCUAUAAAUUAUAUUAUAUCUAGCGAAUAAGUAAAUCUUGUAUUAACUUUUACAGGAUAUCAUUUCACUAUAAAUGAGCCGUUCAUUUGCCGAAUUGAUUAACUUCACAAAAUCAAAAAAUGAGGAAUUAAUAAAUAUACAAACUUAGGCAUCAAUGAAGUGCUUGGUACUAGAAUUUGAAAAAUUCAAAAAGUGCAGUUAAUCAUUUCGGGCUGUAAACGGCUCAAAUAAUACUAGAAUGAGAAAAGUAAGAAUUUUUUAUUAAUAAUCCACCCUGUGUUUAUUGCACUUCUUAAUGAAAUUCUAACAUUAAGUAAAUUAGCAACUUAUGUAUUUAUUCAGAUGAAACUACCUAAAUACAUAUGCAACCAGUUUAAACAUUGGAAAAGUACUUGGAAUAAUUAGCGAUAUUGAUCAUGUGAGAAAAUGAAAUUUUUUGAUGCAUUUAAUGUGUACAGAAAUACUAUUUGCUAGAUUCUGCAUGCUUUAUAAUGUACUCUGUAUAUAUCAUCAGGGUUAUCAUAUUUUUUGAUACGAUUAAGUAAUUGUAUAUGGACAAAACCGGCCUGUGUUUUUUUACAGUAAAAGCUUUCUAGUGACUUUUUAGGCGAGCUUUUCAAAUUUGCAAUUGAACUGCCACUUAACACACCGUGGACGAUUAUUUUCUCCACGUAACGAUUAUAAUAAAAUCUGAAAAUCUUUUCAAUAAAUUUAAUAAACUUUAUAUACAUUUUCGACGGAUAUACUUAAUAAGAAAUAAAUUAUAAUUUCAUAAAUAAAAAGAAAUACUGUAUUGAA